AUCCCGUUACAACGGGAUCCCGUUUUAUAGCAGCCCUCACAAAACAUUACAUGCAAAUACUUUUUUAUAAGCUGUUAUGGCUUAUUACCUCCGGUCUAAAAUAUAACAGCUUUCAACCAUGAAUCCAAACAUCUAGUUGUGCAGCUAAAAAUCCUUAUAAGACGAAGGAAAGCAUAAUACAAUCAUAAAUAAAACGAUGACGGUCAGGAAUUCCAUAGGUUAGUCUAUACCUACCACCACAACGCCCAUGCACGCGUAUAUAUAUUGCUCACAUCGCCAAUCACAAUGCAAGCAAAGCAAGCAGCAGAAGAGCUCACGAAGAGAUUGUCCAGCUAGUGUGAACAUGGCGAGGACGAUGUCGUCGGUGCGCCGCGGCGCGGCGGAGCUGGUGGCGCCGGCGAGGGCGACGCCGCACGAGUUCAAGCCGCUGUCGGACAUCGACGACCAGGAGGGCCUCCGGUUCUACCGCUCGGGCCUCUUCCUGUACCGGCGGCGCGCCGCCAUGGACGGCGUCGACCCCGCCGCCGUGCUCCGCGCCGCGCUCGCGGAGGCGCUCGUCCACUACUACCCGCUCGCCGGCCGCAUCGUGGAGGCGAGCCCCGGGAGGAAGCUGCUCGUCGAGUGCACCGGCGAGGGCGCGGUGUUCGUCGCGGCGGAGUCCGGGGUGGCGAUGGAUGAGCUCGGGGAGGUGACCGGCCCGCCCGUGCCGCGCCACGAGGAGCUCCUGUGCGCCGCCGACGGCGCGUACGCCGACGGCGGCGUCGUGGGGCGGCCGCUGCUCUACUUCCAGGUCACGCGCAUGCGGUGCGGCGGCUUCGUGUGGGGGCUCCAGAUCUGCCACUGCCUCGCCGACGCCGCCGGCGUCGCGCAGUUCAUGACGGCGGUGGGGGAGUUCGCGCGCGGGGUGCCCGGCGCGCCGACGGUGAAGCCGGUGUGGGCGAGGGAGCUCCUCUCCGCGCGCCGGCCGCCUCUGCCGCGCGACGUCGCCGCGCCACGCCACCCGGAGUACGAGGCGGUGCCGGACGCCGGCAGGGACAAGGUCUCCCACUCCGACGCGCUCGUCCACCGUCCCUUCUUCUUCGGCCGCCGCGAGAUCGCCGCGCUGCGCGCGCUCGCGCCGCCGUCGCUGGCCUCCCGGAGCUCGCGGUUCGACCUCAUCGCCGCCUUCACGUGGCGGUGCCGCGCCAACGCGCUCCAAUACGACGCCGCCGACGCGGUGCGCGUCCAGUUCGUCGUGAACGCCCGCGGCGGCGGCCGCGGGCGCCGCAGCAACGCCCCGCCGCUUCUCCCCGACGGCUACUACGGCAACGCGUUCGCGUUCGCCGUCGCCGAGUCGCCGGCGGGGGAGCUCCGCCGGCGCCCGUUCGCGCACGCGCUCCGCCUCGUGGUGGACGCCAAGGCGCGCGCCAUGGAGGAGGGCCACCUCCAGUCGGUGGCCGACCUGAUGGCGGCGCGCGGGCGGCCGCGGUUCGCCGUGGCACGCACCUACGUGGUGUCGGACCUCACGCGGUCGGGGCUCGACGGCGUGGACGUCGGGUGGGGCGCGCCGGCGUACGGCGGGCCGGCGACGGCGACGCUGGCGACGUUCCACGUCGCCGGGAGGAGGAGCGGGGACGGCGAGGAGGGCGUCGAGGUGCCUAUUCGGCUGCCGGCGCCGGCGAUGGAGAGGAUGGUGGUGGAGGUGGCGAGAGAGCUCGGUGGCGUCGAUGCACAUACUGAAGCGUGCUUAGCUGCAAGGCUCUAGGCAAGGGAUGAAAUAAUAUUGGUAACUCCGUAUCAAAAUAUAAAAACUGAUGAAGUUAGGGUUAGGGUUUUGGCGGCGCCCGGGCGACUGGCGCGCGGCAGCCAUUUUCUCCAAUGGGAGAAGAAAAUGGAUGGAGUUCUACUCCGAUCUACUCAGGACGUCUGCAGAGCCUUCGUCUGCGUUCCUUCCUUAUCAAGGUAUUCAUACUUUCCGACCUGUUCCUGGUUCCUUUCCCUUUGGAUUCUUUGUUUUCCAAUAUGGGAGGAAUCGACGAUCGGUGCUGCAAAGGUUUCCAACAUGGUCCAUUAUGAAUUAUGGUAUGAAGAUUGGAUCUGCUAUAUUCUGGUUUGGGAUAACGGGGUUUGAUCUUGGUAAACAAGAAUCCUUGGGUCCGAAGGUUUAUCAAGAUAUCCUCGGAUUAGAUGUUUUGAGGAAAAUAUCUGUUACGAUUAGUUUUCCUAGCCUGUGGCAAUAUAUACCUGCAGAAGUAAGGGAGGCAAUUACACAAAAUUCUCGAUCUCGUCACACGCCUCGAUCAGGUUCUAAUCUAGGGUUCUUCCUCCGAGUCCUUGCGAGUCUUCCCAUGGCAGCUACUGGUGGUGGGGGCGACAAAGGGACUAUCAAUGCGAUAGUUACCCGCCCGAAGCUACUCGGUGCUGCGAUGGCGACGUCCAAGAACAUGAGGAACUAUGAGGAUCUGGCUAUCCAGGUUGUUCAAUCUGAAAAUUUGGAGGAACAAAGUUCUGAUCUGAAGACUCAAAAUCCAGCGCGGGAUAAGAGUCUGACUGGGGGAGACCAUGAGAAUACUUCAUCAAGCCAACGCCCGACAGCGUUCAUGCAAGGUGAAAUAACAGUUGAAGAUGAUGAUGCAGUGGAGAUUGAGUUGGAAGAGGAUGAAGUGAAGAAGGCCGGUCAAUGGACUGUUCUUGCGAGGUUCUAUUCCCUUAAGUUCCCUAACCAGGUAGCAUUGUUUGAGGAUAUGCGAAGAGCUUGGCGCCUGCGAGCAGAGAUGAGUUAUAAAUCUUUGAAGGAUAAUCUGUUUAUAGUAUCCUUUAGUGCAGAAGGAGAUCACAAGUUCGUUCGUGGCUUCAUAGAGGCGAUGCACUGCUAGUCGCAGACUUUAACGGGUUGGUGAGUCCUUCUAUGGUACCCCUAGAAACAGUGCCUAUUUGGGUCAGAAUCUACGAUCUUCCCCUUGUUAUGAUGAACAAAGAAAGAGGUGUAAUCUAUGGCAGUAAACUAGGCAAGGUUCGAGAGGUGGAUGUUCAGGAGGACGGCUGUAAUAAACAUGAUUUUUUCAGAAUCCGUGUGGAUCUCCCAGUCAAUCGUCCACUGAAGAGGAUGUUAGCUAUCAAAAUCAAGGUGAAGGGGGCUGAGGAAAUUCGGAGAUUUAAUCUGAGAUAUGAGAGGAUACCACACUUUUGUUUCUUCUGUGGAUUUAUUGGGCAUUCAGAUAAGGAGUGUGAAAAAAGGCUUGCAAAUGAGGAAGAUCCCCUGAUGUUUUCUGUUGAACUUCGCUGUUCUCCUUUAAAACCUUUUGAGAGGAAGGUGAGUAAAGUGAAAGCUUUUCAGAGUUAUGGGGUUCAGAGGAAGUUGUCCUUCAGAGGUGCAGGAAGCGCAAGCUCUUCUUCGGCUGGUCAGAUGCAGAGAGUUAAUAUCCACGAAGAUACUCUACCAAGAGUUGAUGCAUUUGAUGGGUUUGAUUCCAAAGAGGGAAAAGGGGAAGAAUCGGUUGAUGCACAGUUAGCGGAUAAAGCUAAUCUUCUGUCUGUUUCUGAGCAGAAUUCCUCGAAGAAGAGGAGUGAGCACAAAGUCGGGCCUGUGGAGGAGUCUGCCUCUCUGCCGUCAAUGGAAAUGAUCCCAGCAAUCCGCAAUUUGAAUUCUCACCAAGAAUCCCUUGAAGAAAGCUCUAGUGCAGACUGUAUUAGUCCUACUAAGAGGAAGGCUUUGACGGCUCCUGUUGCUAAGGGCUUGGGGACUGUAAAACAAGCUAUCCUAGAGUAUGAUCAGACCAAUACAGGAGCCGUGUCAGGGGUGACACCAAGAGCGUUGAAGCGCCUUAAAAAGGGAGCGGAUAUGAAUGCUAAUGGUAAAGAUAUGGAAGCAACCAGCCCCGGGGCUGCUGGUAAACUGGCGGGACCUAAGAAUGGGUCUCGCCAGGAGCAAUGAGUUGUCUAGCCUGGAACUGUCGCGGUCUGGGGAACACGGCGACAGUUCAAGAUUUGCGUGCCUUAAUCCAAAAGGCAGGUUCCCAGUUAGUCUUUUUAUGUGAAACUAGACAAAGUGUGGAAAAGAUGAGUCGUCUUAGAAGGAAGUUGGCCUUUAGAGGUUUUGUUGGUGUCAGUAGUGAAGGUAAGAGUGGUGGUCUUGCUUUGUAUUGGGAUGAGUCUGUUUCAGUCGAUGUCAAAGAUAUUAAUAAAAGAUAUAUUGAUGCGUA